AUGCCUCUGCGCUCCCUCCGCCCCGGCCGCAGCGAACGAGACCUCAAGCGACGGAGCACCCUCGACCCUGCCGGCUUCUUCCACCGGCGCGCCGACAAGGACACGCGCUUCGACAGGUCGCAAGAGAACCUCGACACGAGCCGCAUUGCCGCCUCUGAGGAUGGCUUCCGCCCCACGUCCACCGACACGGCGCGGCCCUCGACCGGCCAUGAUGAUGAUGACGACUCCCCGCCUUCUCCGCCCGUACAGGAACACACGCCCAACACCAAGCGCUUCAGUCUGAUGCGCUUCCGCCAUGCCUCGGACCCCCAGCUCUCUGCCAAGGCAAAGGAACACGCCGCAAGGGACGACGAUGCACCGCCCGUUCCUCGCAUGCCCGGCACUCCUGCGCCGCCCGCCAUCAUCACCACUGCACCGACCGUGGCAGACCACGAGGACGAGGCCAAGAUCGCGCCCAGGCGGAGUAGGAUGCAGCAAUUCGCCCUGCGCAGGCGCUCCUUUGACCCGACGACGUUUGAGAAACCGACCACACUGCGAAAGUCGAUGGACAAGAAGCGCAAGCCGCUAGGCUUCAAGAAGAGCACUGGGGACCUCUUGGACGAGAAGGAGCGCGCGUCGACGAGCAGCCAUCGCCGGCCGGACGUGCUUGCCGAUUCGCGCGAGUCUGUGGAAAGCGCGAGUUCGCUGGCGCCGCCUGCCACCAGGGCCUCCGAGUCGUCACGAUCAGAUGGAAGCUCCGGCGGACACAUUUCUUUCGAAACUACCUCACGGCCUUCGCACCCGGCCCGCGUUGGCUCUUCACGAUUUGGCUUUGGGCGUCGAAAACAGCGCGCAUCCUUAUUCCCACUCCCUAUGAAGAUCGAGCCUCCGCAAUUCCCCGACACGGCGCCUGCUACACCACGUGCGUCUACGGGCGCGAGGAGUUCUGCCUCGACCGAUCAUUCAAUCACCGAAAGCCCACCCCUGACCGCGCGUCGUCUCAACUAUGGAGAACCUGGGACACAGACGCCACCAGUCCCUUCUGCAUCGCAAGUUGCUCUUGCUGCUGGUGCUCUGAAUUUGGCCUCACCCGGUUCAGGUACUCUCUUUCGCAACGACUCGUACCGGUCAAGCCGAUCCGCCCGCUCCUCGCCAAACAACAAUGGUCCUGCACGAAUGGGUCUUAGGGGGCGCUCAUCCACGAUGGGAUCUUUGGGCGGGCGGUCCGACGGCGCAGGCUCGCCAACACCACCUGGCGGGCCCAGCGGAAGAACUUCGACCUCCACGGCAGGAAGAAGCAGCUUCAGCAAUCUGUUUGGCUUGAGUUCAAGAUUUCGUCAGAACUCCGAGCCCCAUUCACCUCGGCAUGGUUCACCUGCUCACGGGUUUCUAGGAAGCUCAGGCUUGUCAUCGCACCAGAACUCGAUGAACAUCAGCCGGGAAACACUCAUUCUACCAGAGCGUGAAGAAGGCGAGACACCUGGACGGUACCUGGAACGAAUCGAGGCGAAUAACUUCGAUAAGAGCGUCGUUGCCAGCUACCUAAGCAAGACCGACGACCCCUUCCUGCUUGCCGUACUUAGAAGCUACAUGCGGAAGUUUGCCUUCUUUGGCGACCCAAUCGACAUGGCGAUUCGCAAGUUGCUCAUGCAGGUUGAACUACCCAAAGAGACACAACAAAUUGACCGUGUCCUUCAGGGUUUCGCCGACCGCUAUCACGAAUGCAACCCCGGCAUCUACAUCAACACAGACAAAGCCUACUUCAUAUCUUUCUCCAUUAUCAUUCUUCACACAGACGUCUUCAACAAGAACAACAAACGGAAAAUGCAAAGGCCCGACUACAUCAAGAACUCGUCCUGCGAUGGCGUCUCGGCUGACGUCCUCGGCUGCUUUUACGACAACAUUGUCUACACUCCAUUCAUUCACAUUGAAGACGAGGUUGAUCUGAAGAACAUCACCUCGAAGAAAAGCAAGAGAGUCGCUGUCCUGAAAGGACCAAUGAACGACCCGGCGCGGAAAGCCGCGAAGGAGCCCAUCGAUCCGUACACAUUAAUCUUCGAAGGCAAGCUGGACGCACUUCGACCCACGAUCCGAGACGUGAUGCAACUAGACGACCCGUACAACUACACCGGCACGACCGCGACGCUAGACACCAAGAACAUCUACAAGUUGUUCUCCAAAUACGGCGUGAUACAGAUUGUGUCCUCGCGAUCGAGACCGGAAGCCUUCAUGUCUGAAGCCGCCCAAGAGAAUCCCUUCGGCACCUCGGUUGGCAUCGUCGAAAUGCCAGUGACAAAAGUGGGAGUUUUGUGGAGAAAGGACACGAAAAAAAAGAAAGCCCGAUCGCCAUGGCAGGAAUGGGGUGCCGUUCUCACUCGAUCGGGGUUGUCUCUAUUCCGGAAUUCUACUUGGACGAAGAACUUGAUGAGCCAGCACGAGCAACAUCUCAAACGCGGCGAUACAGGCCCGGUCAUAUUCCAGCCUGCCCUACCCGACUUCAAGCAAGACCACAUCAUCCCGAUGGACGGUGCGGUUGCGCUUGUCGACGCCACAUACAAGAAACAUAAGAAUGCGUUUGUCAUGUUCUCGAAAGCAGGCGAGGAGACAUUCCUAGCCGACAACGAGAAGGACUUGAAUGAAUGGCUGGGUGUGCUGAAUUAUACUGCUGCGUUUGAAACUUUGGGUGUUCGGUCAAGAGGCAUGAUUGGUGGGCUGUACGAAGGCCAGAAGAAUCGUGGCAUGCGGCGCCUGGAGUCGUCCCACUCGACAAAGACGAUACCAACGGCCACUGGCGAAGUCACCAUAACAAGUGGCAAGAUCGACAAUCAGUUUGCACAACAGAUGAUGAACGCUAGGAAAGAUCUCAUGCAGGUGCGCAUUACGGAGUCCGAGGACAAGCUCACCAAUGCUAUCAAAGAGUUGGAAGCACGCUUACGAGAUGCAAGACAUCUCCAGAUUCUUGCGCCCAUUCAACCCAAAACUCGCGAACUGGUCAUACACGCUGCCGGUCGGUUAUCAGCCAAGCUUAAGUGGACCCGUAUCGACAUUUGGCGGAUGAAAUGUCAUCGUGACAUACUUGCUCAAGAAUUGGAGGACGAGAGAAAAGGCCUCGCAGAUAAACAAGCGCAAGAUGACCAGCCCUCGGAAUUCAUUCAACAGCCGCAAGUCUCGCCUCAACAGUUGUCGCACAGAGCGUCAAAAGUUAGUGGACUAGCGCGGUUGACUUCCAAGACCAGCUCAAUGAACAGCGGAAACAAGCAAGCUCCAUUGUCUCCCACCUCACCGGGCCGACCAGGAACCAAGUCCUCUAGGGAGACUGAAUUCGGUGGAGAUGAAGCAUUCAAGACACCACCGGAGACAUCUCGGCAGUCGAGCCCCAGGGAUCCAUCGGCCCAAUUUCAACCUGGGCCUAUGUUUGGCCCUGGCUCAUCUGAUCGUCGAAGUUCAUUUGCGAGCUCUUCGGCACAUUCACCGAGGAUGUAUCCCUCCGAUCACAGGCCUUCAAUAUCGACGACUGGCGAUGGCACCUUAGGCUCCGAUUCUGACUCUGACUCCGAGGACGGGUCUCGGUACGCGACUCCGCCUCCAGGCGAGGCGGGUGAUUUGGAGCCCAUGUCACCAGAGCCGACACCUGGAGAGAGCCCCCGACCAGAGCCUGUCAUUGAUUCUGACUACGAACAAUCCCUUGCUGCUUUGACAGGAUCGCCCAGGUCUCACACAAAGCAAAGAAGAAGUCUACAGCGCACUCUUCGAGAGUCCCGUGGCAGCUCUUCUCACCGCCGCAGCCACAAGAGCAGAGACUCGUCGUCGACAAUCACACUCGCGAGCGACAAUACCGAGAGCGAGGGACUGGCGCGCGGCAAGGGCAGUUUUACAGUCCAUGGCAAGAAGGCAUCUGUGAUCCAAUUCGGCUCCGACUGGCACAACACCACAGCCGAAGAGCGCUUGGCGGCGAAGAAACAACUACAGGAGGCUGCCGAAGCGAUCUCUGCCGAUGAGCGGGAAGCUGCGCUUUCUCCAGGAAGCGAAGACAAUGACCCGUUUCGCCCUCGGAAAUUGUCGGCAGGCACCACAAAGCAGCGACACGUAUCGUCUCAGACGAUCACUCCAGCAAACUUUCGCGAGUCCUUUAGAAUAGAACAAUCCGACUCUGACAGCGAGUCUGACAUGAGCGACAUUGCCGAAGAGACGCAACGAACGUCCGACGACCAGCCAACGAUGAAGGGCAAAGACCCUGUUACCGAACACGUGGAACGGCCUAUACAUAAUCUCGAGGCCUCACCAGCCUAA